AUGGCUGCAAUAAAGUUCGGUCCUCAGUUAAAAGAACUACGAAUUCUUUUAUGUCAAACGUCAAAAUCUAGUCAAGGUGUCAGAGAUUUUAUUGAAAAACAAUAUGUAUCUCUUAAAAGAAGCAAUCCACAAUUUCCAAUUUUAAUUAGAGAAUGUUCUUUAAUAGAACCUACUUUGUAUGCACGAUAUGAAUUUGGAGUAGAACGAUCUUUUUCCCUUCAAAAUCUACAAUCUGAAGAAAUACUUCAGAGGAUUCAAGAAAUAGCAAUUAGCAAAUCAAAAUAAUAUUUUUGAUAUUUAGUACAUAUAUUGUAAUUUAUUUAAAUAUUAAAUAAAUUAGUGAUAUAAAAUAAUCUA